UCUGUCUGGUUGCCUUGGUCUCUGGCCGUCCCAGACUGCGGUGGGGCUUGUGAACUCUCCUGCUAACCUCUCCAGUCUAGAUCCCCUCAGCCACUCUGCCCUAAGAUGGGCCGUGGGGCUGGACGCGAGUAUUCACCUGCAGCCACAACCGCAGAGAAUGGAGGCGGCAAGAAGAAACAGAAAGAGAGGGAGCUGGAUGAGCUGAAGAAGGAGGUGGCCAUGGAUGACCACAAGCUGUCCUUGGAUGAGCUGGGCCGUAAAUACCAAGUGGACCUGUCCAAGGGCCUCACCAACCAGCGGGCCCAGGACAUUCUGGCUCGGGAUGGACCCAACGCCCUCACCCCACCCCCGACAACCCCUGAGUGGGUCAAGUUCUGUCGCCAGCUUUUUGGGGGCUUCUCCAUCCUUCUGUGGAUUGGUGCUAUCCUCUGCUUCCUGGCCUAUGGCAUCCAGGCUGCUAUGGAAGACGAACCAUCGAACGACAAUCUAUAUCUGGGUGUGGUGCUGGCCGCUGUGGUCAUCGUCACUGGCUGCUUCUCCUACUACCAAGAGGCCAAGAGCUCCAAGAUCAUGGAUUCCUUCAAGAACAUGGUUCCGCAGCAAGCCCUCGUGGUGCGGGAGGGUGAGAAGAUGCAGAUCAACGCAGAGGAAGUGGUGGUGGGAGACCUGGUGGAAGUGAAGGGUGGAGACCGCGUGCCUGCAGACCUCCGGAUCAUCUCUUCUCAUGGCUGUAAGGUGGACAAUUCAUCCCUGACUGGGGAGUCAGAGCCCCAGACCCGCUCCCCUGAGUUUACCCAUGAGAAUCCCCUGGAGACCCGCAAUAUCUGCUUCUUCUCUACCAACUGUGUGGAAGGUACUGCCAGGGGUAUUGUGAUUGCCACAGGAGACCGGACAGUGAUGGGCCGCAUAGCCACUCUGGCCUCAGGCCUGGAGGUUGGGCGGACCCCGAUAGCCAUGGAGAUCGAACACUUCAUCCAGCUGAUCACAGGGGUGGCCGUGUUUCUGGGCGUCUCCUUCUUUGUGCUGUCCCUCAUCCUGGGCUACAGCUGGCUGGAGGCCGUCAUCUUCCUCAUUGGCAUCAUCGUGGCCAACGUGCCUGAGGGUCUGCUGGCCACUGUCACUGUGUGCCUGACGCUGACAGCCAAGCGCAUGGCGAGGAAGAACUGCCUGGUGAAGAACCUGGAGGCGGUGGAGACUCUGGGCUCCACCUCCACCAUCUGCUCGGACAAGACGGGCACCCUCACCCAGAACCGUAUGACCGUCGCCCACAUGUGGUUCGACAACCAGAUCCAUGAGGCGGACACCACGGAAGACCAGUCUGGGGCCACUUUUGACAAACGAUCUCCCACGUGGACGGCCUUGUCUCGGAUUGCCGGCCUCUGCAACCGCGCCGUCUUCAAAGCCGGGCAGGAGAACAUCUCUGUGUCUAAGCGAGACACAGCUGGCGACGCCUCUGAGUCAGCGCUGCUCAAAUGCAUCGAGCUGUCCUGCGGCUCCGUGAGGAAGAUGAGGGACCGAAACCCCAAGGUGGCAGAGAUCCCGUUCAACUCCACCAACAAGUACCAGCUGUCCAUCCAUGAGCGAGAAGACAGCCCCCAGAGCCACGUGCUGGUGAUGAAGGGGGCCCCAGAGCGCAUCCUGGACCGGUGCUCCUCCAUCCUGGUGCAGGGCAAGGAGAUCCCCCUGGACAAGGAGAUGCAAGACGCCUUCCAGAACGCCUACAUGGAGCUGGGCGGCCUGGGGGAGCGGGUGCUGGGGUUCUGUCAACUGAAUCUGCCCUCUGGGAAGUUUCCUCGCGGCUUCAGGUUCGACACGGACGAGCUGAACUUCCCCACGGAGAAGCUCUGCUUUGUGGGGCUCAUGUCCAUGAUCGACCCUCCCCGGGCUGCUGUGCCCGACGCUGUGGGCAAGUGUCGGAGCGCUGGCAUCAAGGUGAUCAUGGUGACUGGGGACCACCCAAUCACAGCCAAGGCCAUUGCCAAAGGCGUGGGCAUUAUCUCGGAGGGCAAUGAAACUGUGGAGGACAUUGCAGCCCGGCUCAACAUCCCUGUCAGUCAAGUGAACCCCAGAGAGGCCAAGGCAUGCGUGGUGCACGGCUCUGACCUGAAGGACAUGACGUCGGAGCAGCUGGACGAGAUCCUCCGGAACCACACGGAGAUCGUCUUUGCGCGGACGUCUCCGCAGCAGAAGCUGAUCAUCGUGGAGGGCUGUCAGAGGCAGGGCGCCAUCGUGGCGGUGACCGGUGACGGCGUGAACGACUCCCCGGCGCUGAAGAAGGCAGACAUCGGCAUAGCCAUGGGCAUCUCAGGCUCCGACGUCUCUAAGCAGGCAGCCGACAUGAUCCUGCUGGACGACAACUUUGCCUCCAUAGUCACGGGCGUGGAGGAGGGCCGUCUCAUCUUUGACAACUUGAAGAAAUCCAUUGCGUACACCCUGACCAGCAACAUCCCCGAGAUCACCCCCUUCCUGCUUUUCAUCAUUAUCAACAUCCCCCUGCCACUGGGCACCGUGACCAUCCUCUGCAUCGACUUGGGCACUGACAUGGUCCCCGCCAUCUCCUUGGCCUAUGAGGCAGCUGAGAGUGACAUCAUGAAGCGGCAACCAAGAAACCCGCGGACAGACAAGCUGGUGAACGAGAGGCUCAUCAGCAUGGCCUAUGGACAGAUCGGGAUGAUCCAGGCACUAGGCGGCUUCUUUACCUACUUCGUGAUCCUGGCCGAGAACGGUUUCCUGCCGUCACGGUUGCUGGGAAUCCGCCUUGACUGGGAUGACCGGUCCACAAAUGACCUGGAGGAUAGCUAUGGGCAGGAGUGGACCUACGAGCAGCGGAAGGUGGUGGAGUUCACCUGCCACACGGCCUUUUUCGCCAGCAUUGUGGUCGUGCAGUGGGCCGACCUCAUCAUCUGCAAGACCCGCCGCAACUCAGUCUUCCAGCAGGGCAUGAAGAACAAGAUUUUGAUUUUUGGGCUCCUGGAAGAGACAGCGCUGGCUGCCUUUCUAUCCUACUGCCCAGGCAUGGGUGUGGCCCUCCGGAUGUACCCGCUCAAGGUCACUUGGUGGUUCUGCGCCUUCCCCUACAGUCUCCUCAUCUUCAUCUAUGAUGAGGUCCGAAAGCUCAUCCUGAGGCGAUAUCCUGGCGGCUGGGUAGAAAAGGAGACAUACUACUGAGCCCACUGGAAAGAAGAACCAGGCACGGAAAAGAUGGGGUGCCCUGGAGGAGCUGCAACUGGGGUGGUUUUAGGGGAAGAUUUGGGGAGAGAGAAUGAGGCAAUUUAGCAGGCUAAAUUGGGGGGAGUAGGUAAAUAAGCUUGGGGUGAUUGCCCCACAGGCCUAACUCUGAACAGUCAGGUUUGACACUCUCCCCAGAUCCUGCUCGUCCCACUCCACCAUGUUGUCUAUUUUUACGAGGAAUUGAGAGAUACUCCAGCCCUCCCCAUCCCCUAUCCCUUUGCCCCAACCUCUCACUAGAACAGAUCAACAUCCAAAGGCAGGGCCAUGUCUAACCAGGAGGAAGGAAACCAUCUCAGGUUACCAGCGUCUCUCUCUCUCCAGCCUCACCCCACUUCCUACCUUCAUCCUCAUUUGCUUCCUGCCCAACACCGUCCACUGCUUCCCCUCCAACCUAGAAAUCACAAAUGGUUCCUCCUGUUGAGGCCAGAAAGAGAAGCUGGCCUGUCUCCUGUUAAGGCUGGUUAGGAAGCUCCAGAGGAGAGCUGAGCAAACAGACAGGUGAGAGGCUAG